AUGGACGUAGACAACGACCCGCUGGACCAGAACCUCUUGCGCCAGUUCAACUGUCUGUGCACGACGGACAAGGAGAAUCUGGUCAAGGGUCUGCGAGAGCUGAUCGGCGACCAGCUGACGGAGUCCGCGGCGGUGUUCUUCCUGGAGAUGAACGACUGGAACAUGCACAGGGCUGUCGGUACAUAUUUUGAUGUUAACAAUGAAGGGGCAAUACCGUCCAUGUCUUUGGUGAGAGACGAAAACAGUGAAAAUGUCUUGCAGUUGCCACCAAAUCUACGGUUCACCAAAUCUUGGGAAGUCAAGAACAAUGGUCGCAUGACGUGGCCACCCGGUUGUACUCUUCAGUUCAACGGAGGAGACUCCAUUUCUGUUUACACUUCGUUGCCGACAACAACGCUUGAACCUGGGUGUACCAUGACACUGAGUACUGAUUUUAUAACACCUUCUAAACCAGGAUCGUACCAGUCUAAAUGGCGUAUGAUGUUGCCAACGGGAACAUAUUUUGGUGAUACAAUUUGGACUUUAGUCCAAGUAGAAGACAAUGAUUCAUUUCAAAAUGAACUAUCUAGACAGUUGGUUGAAAGCAUUAAUUUGGGUUCUCCAAUGCAAAGCCAACCAAAUAUUUUAAAUCCUUUUUCUUCAUCACAGCAAAACCAACCGGAAAAUCAAGACACUGAUCAGACUCAAACAAAUAUGGAAAGUGAUGUAUUGUGA